CUAUUCGCACGCGCUUUGCCUCACAGUCCGUGCAUGUUGCGUAUUUUUUUCGUCGUACUUUUGCUACAAACUCCAAUCGCAAUUGAUUUUUGAUUAAAGCUGAAUUUUCUUUAUUGUCACGAAAACUUAGCGAUAUUAAAUAAACGGAAUUGUUUUUUUUUAUUCACGGAAGAGUGUCGUAUCAUGUGCACAAAAUAAUAAAAAUCAUUUGAAAGUGAUGUCCACUUGUCAUCGGUGCAUUGAGAGAAUAACGAGAGAAAAAGCGAGCCAAGAACGAAAUUAUACAAAUUAAUAUUAAGACAGUGAUUGACUUUUCCGCUGUUCAUUCAAGCAUUUCAAACGAUUAGUUCAUUGCUUCUUUUUUUCGCGAUAUUUGUUUAUUCAACAUCAAACUAUUUGGGAAAGAGGGAGAGAGAGAGAGAAUAGUGAUUUAUGCAAGAAAUGACCAAUCAACAAAAUAGCUAACUGUUAUUUAUUGAUGUUAUUUUACUCAACAUUGAACCAUUGGAAAACAACGAAUAAAAACAUAUGAUCGAUUGAAGUUGACAAUAUUUUCAAGCAAACAUUCAUCAUGGAUAACAAACGACAGAGUGAUUUCGUCGAUUCUGGUGUGAUAAAAAGUCUCCAGACUAUUGAAAAUGGUGAACGAGAUGUGAAACGGUCAAAUUCAAAUGAGAUUUCAAUUGCAUCGGUGCAAAAUCAUCGUCAAUCAAGUGAAAACAAUGCAUUGAGCCCAACACAUAGUACGAUACCAAUUUCAAACGAAGAUUCACAAGCGUACAACUGUAAUAUCAACUAUACAAACGAAUCAAUUUGCAAUAAUAAUACGAUCAACGGCAGUCGCAACACACAAAACCCAUACAACAAUGGUCAUGCGAUUAUUGACGUUGUAAGCACAACACACACAACCAACGAUCACAAUACAAAAGUAAUAAUAAAAUCAACGUUGCCCGCAACGGAACAGCUGCCGUAUAAUAGCACCACAACAGCAACGAAUGCCAUACCACAUAAUAAACAUACGGAAAAUACGAACAACGAUGAUGUGGUGGACGUGGUGAGCACAAGUGGCGGCGGCUAUAGCCCAGAAGAAACGAAUCGAAAGCAACAAAAACUAUCGAAUAAAAUAGUCGUGCUGCUACGUCGAUCGAAACCGAUCGCAUUUGUCGUGAUCAAUAGUGUGUUAGCCGUUUUAAUUGUAACAUCGUUGUGCAUUAGCAUGGGCAUGGAUUAUACCGUUCCGGCUAUUGUUGUCGGUUUGAUUGCAAUUGUAGCCAGUUCUGGUUUUUGGUAUUGGCUCUAUAUUGCUGCUAUUACAGCUCCAAGAGAUAUUCGUGCACUUUAUCGAUACGUAAAAUUAUUGUCGUUGGUACGACGAUGUCAACGAAAAAAUGUCGCCAUUUGGGAUUUAUUCCAUCAUUAUGUGGCCAAACAUCCACAAAAACCAUGCAUCAUCUAUGACGGCCAAGAAUGGACAUUCCGUGAUAUGAACGAAUUUUCAAAUCGUAUUGCCAAUCUAUUCCAGCAACAUGGUUACAAAAAAGGUGAUGUCGUUGGUUUGUUUAUGGAAAAUCGACCGGAAUUUGUGGCCACAUGGCUUGGAUUAUCGAAAAUUGGCGUCAUUGUUCCUUUGAUCAACACAAAUCAACGGCAUGCAUCAUUAAUUCACAGCAUCGAAAUUGCAAAAUGUCAAGCGCUCAUCUAUGGCGAAUCACUUGCAUCAGCCAUUGCUGAAGUUGCCGAUCAUUUCAAUAAGACAACAUUUACCUGGUAUCAAUAUAAUGACGAUGAUCACGAUGUUAGCGAUAAAUCGAUCAAAAAUUUGAAUAGUUUAUUGGAAAAAUCAUCGAAAACUGAUGUGGUUUCAAAUUCAUCGGCCGACACACAUCAUAAUCAAUUGUUGUACAUUUACACAUCGGGCACAACUGGCCUACCGAAAGCUGCCGUUAUCACACAUUCCCGAUACAUUUUCAUUGCCGCUGGCAUUCAUUAUAUGGCCAAUUUCAAACCGGACGAUAUCUUUUACACACCACUACCAUUGUAUCAUACUGCCGGCGGUGUGAUGAGCGUUGGACAAGCAUUGCUAUUCGGUUCGACGGUUGUCAUUCGCAAGAAAUUCUCGGCAUCCGGUUAUUUCCCCGAUUGUCAAAAGUACAAAUGCACUGUCGCACAAUACAUUGGUGAAAUGUGCCGCUACAUUUUGGCUACACCAUCGAAUGCAGCUGACAGUAACCAUAAUUUACGAAUUAUUUUUGGUAAUGGACUUCGACCACAAAUUUGGCCACAAUUCAUAAAUCGAUUCAAAAUUCCAAACGUCGCUGAAUUCUAUGGAGCAACCGAAGGAAAUGCCAAUAUUGUGAAUAUAAACAAUGUGGUUGGCGCUAUUGGAUUUGUAUCGAGAAUUUUACCAUCUGUGUAUCCGAUUUCGGUGAUUAAAGCUGACCCUGACACCGGUGAUCCAAUUCGUGAUAGCAAUGGCCUAUGUCAGUUGUGUAAACCGAAUGAGCCGGGUGUGUUUGUUGGAAAAAUAAUGCCUGGAAAUCCAUCGCGUGCCUUCUUAGGAUAUGUUGAUAAGGCUGCGUCAUCGAAAAAGAUUGUCAAAGACGUAUUCAAAAAAGGCGAUUCGGCCUUUUUAUCGGGCGAUUUACUCGUAUCGGAUGAAUAUGGUAAUUUGUACUUCAAAGAUCGUACGGGUGACACAUUCCGAUGGAAAGGUGAAAAUGUAUCGACCAGUGAAGUUGAAGCGCAAGUUAGCAAUGUGGCUGGAUAUCGUGACACCGUUGUUUAUGGCGUUGAAAUUCCGAAUACCGAAGGUCGUGCUGGUAUGGCAGCCAUUCUUGAUGUCGAUCAAACCAUCGAUUUGGAUGCAUUGGGCAAUGGUCUUAAAUCGGUUUUGCCUGCAUACGCACGACCACAAUUCAUUCGUUUGCUUAGCAAAGUCGAUAUGACCGGCACAUUCAAAUUGAAAAAAAUAGAUUUACAAAAAGAAGGAUACGAUCCAAGCAAAAUUGGUGAUAGUCUUUAUUUUUUGGCUAAUGGUAAAUAUAGUAAAUUGGAUAAGGCUGUUUAUGAACAAAUUUUAAAUGGCAAUGUGAGAUUUUAGAUAUUAAACACUGACAAUUAUUAUUAUAUGAUUACAAGCGAAAACAAAAUAAAAGAGAAAAACGAAACAAAAAAACACACACACACACGCACAGACAUUGUUGCAUUCGAUCUGAUACGAGAUCGGCAUCGAACUAGAUAGUACAUUUAAUUUACUAUUUUAACCGUUUCAAAGCUACAGCAAACGUUGGUUAGAGAGUUCAACAGGAUUUUAAGAUGAUUUUUUUUUCAUAGAAAAAUUUAAACAAUGAAAAUCCAAGCAAUAUAUUAGCUAAUUGAAAUACACAUAAUCAACGAAAACUAAAAGUUUAAAAUACAUUACAUUUCACAAUUGAAAUGAUAUUGAAUGCUAGUUGGCUAAAUUUAGAUUUAUUAUUAUUAUAUAUUGUACGGAACUGUGUUGAAAUUUUGUUUUAAUU